UAGAAACACAACUUAUUGCUCAGUUCUACUAAUUCUGCACCAGUCAUUUGCAUAAGCUGCAAUUCAGAUUUGCAAUCCUACCAAUACCAUGGCAGUAGCAUUAGUUGGUGGUGCUCUUCUUUCUGCUUUCCUCCAGGUUGCAUUUGACAGACUUGCUUCUCGUCAAGUUUUGGACUUCUUUCUUGGAAGAAAGCUCGAUGAGACACUGGUGAGCAACUUGAACACCAUGCUGCGGUGCAUCAAUGCUUAUGCUGAGGAUGCAGAACAAAAGCAGGUCAGAGAUUCACGCGUGAAAGCAUGGCUUACUGAUGUCAAAGAUGUUGUGCUUGACGCAGAGGACCUCUUGGAUGAAAUAGACUAUGAACUCUCAAAAGCUGAAUCUGAAUCUCAAACCUGUACUUGCAAGGUAACAGUACCUUUCUUUAAUGCUGCUUUAAGUUCAUUUAACAGGAAAAUUGAGUCAAGGAUGAGACAAAUCCUUGAAAAAUUGGAAUAUCUUGCUGGGUUAAAGGGUGAUUUGGGUUUGAAAGAGUCUACUGAUUCUGGUGUUGGAUCAGUUAGUGAAGUGUUACAAAGGGUGCCAUCAACGUCUUUGCUUGGUGGAAGUGUUUUAUAUGGUAGAAAUGAUGACAAAGAAGUGAUUUUUAAUUGGCUGAUGUCUGACAUUGAGAAUGGUAACCAUCCAUCAGUAUUUUCUAUUGUGGGUAUGGGUGGGAUGGGUAAGACCACGCUUAUGCAACAUGUAUACAAUGAUUCAAAGAUAGAGGGUAAAUUUGAUAUUAAAGCUUGGGUUUAUGUUUCAGAUGAUUUUGAUGUUUUAAAGGUAUCAAGAGCAAUUCUUGACACAAUUACUAAAUCAGUUGAUGAUAGUAGAGAGCUAGAAAUGGUUCAUGGAAGAUUGAGAGACUUUUUGACAGGAAAGAGAUUUCUUCUUGUUUUGGAUGAUGUUUGGAACAAAAAACAAAAACAAUGGGAAGCUUUGCAAACUCCUCUUAGUUAUGGAGCUCAAGGAAGUAAAAUUGUUGUCACCACACGUGACAUGAAAGUUGCUUCAACUGUCAGAUCAAACAAGAUACAUCUCCUAAGACAAUUACAAGAUGAUCAUUGCUGGCAAUUGUUUGCUAAACAUGCAUUCCAUGAUGAAAAUCCUCAAUCAAAUUCACACUGCAAGGCAAUUGGUAUGAAGAUAGUUGAAAAAUGCAAAGGACUGCCACUAGCCUUGUCAACAAUUGGAGGUUUGUUACACAAAAAAUCAUCUAUUUUGCAAUGGGAGAGUGUAUUAACAAGUGAGAUAUGGGAAUUUUCUGAAGAGGAUAGUGAAAUUAUCCCUGCUUUAUUAUUAAGCUAUCACCACCUUCCUGCUCAACUCAAGAGAUGUUUUGCUUAUUGUGUCUUAUUUCCCAAAGGUUAUGAGUUUGACAAGGAGGAUUUAGUUCUGUUAUGGAUGGCUGAAAAUUUUGUACAGUGCUCUCAACAGAAUAUGAGUAUGUUAGAAGUUGGCAGACAAUACUUUGAUGAUCUGCUAUCAAGGUCCUUUUUUCAACAAUCAGGUGGAGAGCAGAUGUAUUAUGUCAUGCAUGAUCUUCUCAAUGAUUUGGCAAAAUAUGUUGGUGGGGAUUUUUGUUUCAGGUUGGACGUUAAAGAAACAACAAUUAUUCCUAUAACCACCCGCCAUUUUUCAUUGGGACAGAAUUGCAUUCAUAAUUUUGCAGGGUUUAAGGGUUUAUAUCAUGGUGACAAAUUGCGGACAUUUCUACCAUUAAGUACGACUCCAAAUGGUAUUGUAUGUUGGAGUUGUAGAACAUCUAGCACGUUCAUAAAUGAUUUGUUUUUGAAGUUUAAGUACUUGCGUGUCUUAUCUUUGUCGGGUAAUUCUAGUCUUACAGAGGUACCUGACUCUAUAGGCAAUCUUAAACAUCUUCGUUCUCUCGACCUUUCUUGUACCCAUAUAAGAAAGUUGCCUGAUUCAAUAUGUUCACUCUAUAAUUUACAAAUACUGAAGCUGAGAUAUUGUGCACAUUUUGGAGGGCUGCCCUUGAACUUUAAUAAACUCAAAUUGCAACUCCUUGAUUUGUCGGGAACCGAUGUAAAUAAGACGGCAAUGACUUUAGUAUCUAGAUCCCGAUAAUGAUUUCACAAGAACAGAAUAAUCAUAAUCAUUUCAAGUAUCUGAUAAAUCAGGGCCUUAAAUUAUGUGUCAUUUCCCAACAUGAAUCUUUUGCUGAUGAAGGAUCGUUUCCAAUCAAACUGGACUACAAGGAUCUUUGUCUGCUCUCCUAACUUAAGAAUAUUUCAUCUGUUUGACUGCUCCAUACUCCAAUGCCUAGGAGGAGGAUUUGCCAGAAACCAGAUGGAGAAGACUGGGGAAAUAUUAGUCACAUUGAAAGCAUUAGGAUUGUUGAUUAAAUGAUAACAUGAAGCACAAGUUCUAAAUGUGGUACGAACCAAGUCACUCAUCAAGAAAAAUGCUGAAGGUGGUGAUAUGUGAAAAAUCUGGCAUUCAUAGACGUACCAUGAAGAGUACUUUGUCAUUGGGAGUAAUGACCGUUCAAUCUCUUAAGUUUGUUCAGUGUCGCUUAUUGCGAUUAUUGUUAUAUUUAAUGCAUUAUAGAGGCAUGAAGCCCCAGAAAAUGAAAUUCCCAAUACGCAAGAUAAGAAUGUGCUGGAUCUUUGGGGCAUUGUAUUGGGUACCUUCUGUGAAGUGAACAUAAUCUUGCUCUCUGCAUAGCUUCCUAUGAUACGUGCUCAUCCCAUGUAAUUAAUUUGUGGCUAUAUGAAGAAAGUGAUAGCCAGUUACACAUCUGACUAGGAUUCUGUGAAUAGUUCAGGAGACAUUGCAGAACAGUAUGGUUUGAUUGGCUAAAAAUUGAAGCAGCUAUCAAUCAGGAACUGUGGUGGUAUCAGAUCAACAAAUUGGUUUGGAUAUUAUGUGUUGUUGCCUCCCCAUGAAAUCUUGUCAUCUCUCAUGAAUUGUCAUAUAAUAAGGCUCAAUGGGAUAAUGACUAUUGUCUAUUGGUGGAGAGUAAUAAGGGAGUAGCUCUUCUUCUAUUGUUUCAUUUGCAUCCCAGUAAAUGUUGGUCUAAAUGGAUGACAAGAACCUUGGAGAACCACACAACAAAAGCUUGCUACUGUAAUUGGAGACUCAAGGCCUUAUACAAUCUAUACCAGAAUCUCGUGCUUUUAAUGUGAGACUCAAGUCUCAUAUCUUGCAAUUGGAUCCUAACAAUAGAUAUGGAGGAACAAAAUUGUAAAGUUGUGUGGGGUGCUUUCCCACUAUAGUUAGUUUGUCCUGUGCUAACAUGAAAGUAGUUUUCUUGUUUUGAGACAAGACAUCAAUUUGCGCCAAUAUCUCAGCUCAUGGUUUCAGUUCCUUGGUACUUUCUUGUUUAUUCUCCAGAGGACGAUUCUAUGCACCUAAGCUGCAUUGGUAUCUUACUGAAGAAUUUUGGAGAAAUUAAAAUGGUUUGCUGUCUGCAUGCACCAUGUUCAUGAUGUCUUGCACUGCUAGAUAUAAAAACUUGAGCAAUAGUUUGUUGUUCAAACAGCAUUGUCAAAAGACCAAAAGCAAAGGUUGCUGACUUUGGAUGCAUCCAUAAUGAUGAUGACAAUAGCAUGAACUAGAAAUCUGAAUGCACCUAUUCAGAUACUGUAUUGCUUUAGAUCAUGUUCCUACUCUGGAAUAUAUGAUUAUUUCAAAUCCAAUAUCUUAUCCUUUGGAUAGUUUCAUCAAAUUAUAGGCUAUCCAUGUUGUUUAUUGUAAUACUUCAUUCUCUUGCUAGCAAACAACUAGUAGCACAAGUUAUACUUAAUUGAUUAUUGUUAAAGGAGGGUAUAUCAAGCUUUAUCAGAUUAAUGAUUACAAUUAGAUUUAUUUUUGCUUGUGGAUAUCAACAUCUAGUUUCUUCCACUGUACCACACAUUAGCGU